AAUGGUCACUCAUUACAAAACUUAGUUCUCUUUCAUUACCUCUUCAACCUUAGUCUAUUUGCAUAUAAUUCAAAAUUUAUACCAAAAAUGGUAGAUUCAAGAUCAAAACCUCAUGCAAUAUUAGUAUGUUAUCCACUACAAGGCCAUGUUAUUCCCACAAUAAAUCUAACCAUCAAGCUUGCACAAAAAGGCUUCACUAUUACCUUCAUCAACACUCAAUCUAUACACUAUCAGAUCACUCAAAAGAACGAUCAGGACGAUAUAUUUUCUACCUAUCAGGGUCUCGGGCUAGAUAUACGUUACAUGACAGUAUCUGAUGGACUUCCAUUAAAUUUCGAUCGGUCAUUGAACCAUGACCAAUUCAUGUCUGCCUUGUUACAUGUGUUCUCAGCUCAUGUUGAGGAAGCUUUGCUGAAAAUUAUGGAAUCGAAAAUCGAUCCUCCUGUGAAUUGCUUGAUUGCUGAUUCUUUCUUUGUUUUUCCAGGAAAAUUGGCCAAGAAAUAUGGACUUUUGUACAUAUCUUUUUGGACAGAGACAGCUUUGGUUUUUACCAUUUAUUAUCAUCUUCAUCUCUUGGAGUUAAAUGGCCACUUUGGUUGUACUGACAAAAGUGAGGACGUGAUUGACUACAUACCAGGAGUCCAAUCAAUCAGACCAAAGGAUCUAAUGUCAUAUCUUCAAGAAACAGACACAACCUCAAUAUGUCAUCAAAUUAUUUCUAAUGCCUUUGAAGAUGUCCCGUUUUUCCACCCGAGUUCAACAAGAUUGACGUGGCUACUAGCAUGUGGUCCGAGUUCGACUGCACCCAUUGGCUCGACCUACAACAACAUGCAACAGUCUUGGAGUACUGUUGCACUCAUCUUGUUUUUAUCACCAUUGCCAACAUUUAUUCAUACAUGGAAGAAGAAAUCAAUGGAGAAGUUCUCACCAUUUCCAUACAUUGCAACAUUCCUAAACUGUGGCCUUUGGCUUUUGUAUGGACUUCCAUGGAUUCAACCACAUGGGGGCAUUCUUAUAAUGACCAUUAAUGGCAUUGGACUUGGCAUUGAGAUAGUGUACUUGACGCUAUUCGUGCUGUACUCUGAAAGGAAGCAAAGGAUGAAAGUUUUCUUCAUUGUCCUAAGUGAAAUCAUGUUCAUUGGUUUAAUUGCCAUUCUUGUCAUAACUCUAGUCCAUAGCCAUGAAAAAAGGUCUACAAUUGUUGGUAAUAUUUGCAUGGUGGGAAAUAUUUUGAUGUAUGGUUCUCCUUUGGCCAUCAUGAAAUUGGUGAUCAAAACCAAAAGUGUGGAGUACAUGCCGUUCUUCCUUUCCUUUUUCUCCUUUCUCUGCAGCGCUAGCUGGACUACUUAUGCCCUCAUUCGUCUCGACGUCUACAUUCUUACGCCAAAUCUGAUUGGAACGGUGCUCGGCCUCGUCCAACUGCUGCUUUAUGCUACUAUGAGACAGAUAGCAGAAAGAAAAGCCCAAGGAAAACUGGAUUUGGUUGAGAAGACAGUCUCUGGAGUCACCAAAAACACAAGCAAUGAAGCUAGUGUUUAACUUAGUGUUAAUAAGGCCCAUAUUCUAGUUAUUUUGGGCCAUUAACCCUACCUUAUGGGCCCAUUUUCCUUUCCUAGG